AUGGGUUUCAAUGAAACUGUCAUAUGAUGACAAUAUUACAAAUAGAAAUUUGCAAUAAUUCAUAAAUUAUUUAAAUGUUAAACUUCGCUUUUCUGCUGUACUCUCCUUAGUUAAACUGGCUACAUUAAUGCACACAACAAACUUAACGUUACAUAACCACAAUUAUAUACGACCGUGCGUAUAACAAAAACAUUAAAGACCGUUCACAUGUUUUUAAUUAAUUAUAUAAUAUAUAUAUAUAAAGUUAUUUUAAUCGUAUAUUAUAAACGUAAUAUUUUAUGCGCAAUCAGUUAAUCAAUUCUACGAUACUUGUCAUAAUGCAAAUGAAUAAAACACACUGUAUAAAGAAAUGCCCUGUUUACGUUGCACUUAGGACAAGUUAGUUUCGACAGCCAUUUUAUAAAAAAAUUCUUUGUAACUGGAUUAACUGGUUUGUUCGAAUAGAGACUUGAAUAUAAAAAAUGAAAUAUAUUAAAUAUUUCCUUAUAUAAAGAAAGUUAAAUUAAAAGAAAUAAAAUAUAACCUACAACAGCCAAAACCAAUAGUAUGAAAAAUGAAGUAUUUGGAUUAUCUUAUUUUAACCGUGAUACAAAUGAUGCAACUGUAUUAAUGAAGAGACUUUUUUCAUGUCGUUUAAUCAAUCGUAAUAACAAAUUUUUUAUUUAGGUUAUGUUUUAUUCUUUAGUUUCUUAACAAAGAUCUCUCAGACUGCUUAUUAGUUUGUUAUGUAAAAUAUUGUUUGCAGUAAUAUAUAUCCGAAUUUAAUGAAAAUAAUAAACGUGAAAUUAUCAAAAUGUUGUUAAAAAAAGUAAAUAAUUUACUACAAAUUUUUGGGUCUGGUCAGAAAGUAUGCAGUAGGUACCUAAAUUUUAUACCUGUAGUCGUAGAACAGAGUGGAAGAGGAGAACGUGCAUAUGAUAUUUACUCACGUCUCUUAAAAGAAAGGAUUAUUUGUUUAAUGGGCCCGAUUACAGAUAAUGUGUCCUCUGUAGUGAUAGCUCAACUCUUAUUUCUUCAAUCAGAAAAUAGUAAAAAUCCAAUUCAUAUGUAUAUUAAUUCACCUGGUGGAAGUGUAACAGCUGGGCUUGCUGCAGGAACAAAGGGUAUGCGUCAUUCAUUGCCUAAUGCAAGAAUUAUGACACAUCAGCCAUCAGGAGGUGUGUCUGGCCAAGCUACUGAUAUACAAAUACAAGCCCUAGAAAUAUUGAAGCUUAAAAAGCAAAUCAAUCAUUUAUAUGUCAAGCAUACAGGCUUAGACCUGGAAAAAAUAGAACGUUGUAUGGAAAGAGAUAAUUUCAUGAGUCCUACUGAGGCAAAGGAAUUUGGAAUUAUAGACAAGGUAUUAUCUCAUCCAAUGCAAGAAGAAGAAGCAGAAGCCGAAAGCACAAAAUUAUCCUUGAAAGAAGCUGUCACUGAAGUUACUAAUCAACCUUGAUAUUAGGGUUAAACAACACAUGUGCUUAAAAUUAUGAGAUUUUAUUAAAACAUGUAUUUAUCGAUAUCUAAAAAUAGUAAUAAAAUAUUUUUAAAACAAUUUA